AUGGCAGCGGGCAUGUCGGACAACGAGAUCCAGCAUAAACGACCAGGGGGGCAUAGUGAAGGAUAUAUCCAUGAUACAUGGAAGAUGAAAAAACCUUUACGAUCUUGUGUGAGAUGCAGGAAGAAUAAGGUCAAGUGUGACUCUGCGAUACGGAGGCCUAAGCCGUGCUCUUCUUGCCUAAAGAAGGGCGUUAGCUGUGAGCUUGAAUAUGUGAUACCUCCCCAGAGGUCGAAAGAGCUUAGGAACCUUUAUGAGAAUGUUGCAUAUAUGCGUUUGAAAUUGGACGAACUGACCGAGUCCUGUGACCGACUGCUUGGUUACUGUAGGGCAGGUGUGGACGUUUAA